AUGCAUUACAUUACAUGAUUCAUGUUCCCAGCCUUCUCUUUUCCCCUCCUCAAGCAACCACAUAAAUCUCUCUCCCUCAAAACUUUUUUUCCUCCACAAAAUAUCAAUCCAUUUCUUAUUCAACUCUCAAAACACAAGAACAAUACAUAAAAAAAUAUUCAUGCUUCACUCUUCUCUAUCUCCAUAUCUUUGUUAAAGUUUCAGCUGUCGAUAUGAACAACCUCGUUUCCCUCUGCAAUUCCACAAUGAAGCUUCCUUCAAGGGUCCUAACCCUCAGGAACGCAUCAGUUGUGGGGUUCAGACAUUUGUAUAAUACCCCUUGUGAUCAAAAGCUUACUUUCAAGAGCAAAGCUUCUUUCAGUUUCAAUCAAAACUCUCAAUUCCACGCCUUCCCUUCUCCAUUCUUAGCCUUUCAAGGCGUUAUCAACAAUACACAGAAGUUGAUUUGCUUAACAAGUUCAAGUUUUGGCCUACACAGUACGGUUUCAAGGCCUUAUGGUGUCCCUGUAGAAGCUAGUGCGGUUGAAACCGACAAGAAUCCCGAGAGACUUUGUGUGAAAAACUGCAACAAUGCGAAGCCACAAGAAGACGAGAACAUUGUUGGAGGAGAAGUUCCUGGCGCUGAAUAUGGAAACAGUAGAGCAUCACUUGAGAGCGAAAUUGACAAGGAGGCAUGGAGUUUGUUGAGAGAUGCAGUUGUGACGUAUUGUGGAUUCCCCGUUGGUACCGUGGCUUCAAAUGAUCCAGGUGAUAAGCAUCCUUUGAACUAUGACCAAGUUUUCAUUCGCGAUUUCGUGCCUUCGGCUUUGGCUUUCUUGCUUGGAGGUGAAGGAGAGAUUGUCAGGAAUUUUCUCCUCCAUACUUUGCAGUUGCAGAGUACGGAGAAAACUGUCGACUGCUAUAGCCCCGGACAGGGCUUGAUGCCGGUAAGUUUCAAGGUUAGAACUGUACCUCUUGGUGACAAUAAGUUUGAGGAAGUGAUAGAUCCAGAUUUUGGUGGAUCAGCUAUUGGCCGUGUUGCGCCAGUGGACUCCGGACUGUGGUGGAUUAUAUUGUUGAGGGCAUAUGGGAAGAUCAGUGGCGACUAUACAUUGCAAGAGAGAGAGGAUUUUCAAACAGGGAUUAAAAUGAUCCUCAACUUGUGUUUAGCUGAUGGAUUUGAUAUGUUUCCUUCUCUGUUAGUCACUGAUGGAUCCUGCAUGAUUGACAGAAAGAUGGGUGUUCAUGGUCAUCCCCUUGAGAUCCAAGCUUUGACUUAUGCUGCUCUGCGAUGCUCUCGUGAGAUGCUGACAGUAAAUGAAUGUUCCAAGAAUUUGAUGACAGCCAUCAACAAUAGACUCAGUGCACUAUCAUUUCACAUUAGAGAAUACUAUUGGGUGGACCUGAAAAAAACCAAUGAGAUAUACCGAUAUAAAACAGAAGAGUACUCCAUGGAUGCUACCAACAAGUUCAAUAUUUAUCCUGAACAAAUUCCUCCAUGGCUUAUAGAUUGGAUACCUGAAGACGGUGGGUAUCUAAUUGGCAAUCUACAGCCAGCUCACAUGGAUUUUAGGUUCUUUACGCUUGGUAACCUCUGGUCCCUUAUUUCAUCACUGGCCACUCCAAAACAAAAUGAAGCUAUUCUCAAAUUAAUCGAAGCUAAAUGGGAUGAUAUCGUGGGACAUAUGCCUCUCAAGAUAUGCUAUCCUGCAUUAGAGAACGAGGAGUGGCGCAUAGUUACUGGCAGUGACCCAAAGAACACACCUUGGUCCUUUCACAACGGUGGAUCAUGGCCAGCACUUCUUUGGCAGUUCACAUUGGCAUGCAUCAAGAUGGGCAAAAUAGAACUAGCACAGAAAGCAGUUGGUUUGGCAGAGAAGAAGCUUUCAGUUGACCGUUGGCCUGAAUAUUAUGACACCCCAAGUGGGAAGUUUGUUGGAAAACAAUCUCGAAUUUAUCAAACAUGGGCUAUUGCUGGUUUUUUGACCUCUAGAAUGAUGUUGGAGAAACCAGACAUGGCUUCCUUGUUAUUCUGGGAGGAGGACAACGAGCUUCUUGAGAACUGUGUUUGUGCUCUUACUAAAGGUGGCCGCAAAAUAUGUAGUCGUGAUGUUGCUAAAUCUCAGAUACUUGUGUAGUAUAAUAUUUUUAACGGAACACCAGCACAGCCACGAGUUUAGAGUAGAGUAAUUUAAGAGAUUGAUAAGCAACAUUCAUCUUGGAAGUUCAUCAUACAAAUAUGAAAUUUGUGUUACAACUUACAAGCUGGUGUAGCCUAGAAAUAGCCAUAUAUGUAAUUUUUCCAAGUAGUCUUCCAAGUUGAUUGGUAUUGAAAGUGGGAAUAGGAUCAAAAGAGAACAAUAUAAUAUAAUAUAUAUAUUCUCUUUAACCCCAAUGCCUUUUUUUACGUGUAUAUAUAUAUUCUCUUUGACCGAUAAAGAAUAAAUGAGAAUUGAAAAAGUAAAGAACGAAUAAACAUAGGCAAACAAGACAAUAGCAUAUUUUUAAGUUAAAAAUAAUUUGGGUUGCUUCCAAUAGGUUGAAGCAACAAUGCAUAUGUUGUAGUACUAACAUGCAAUGCAACAAGUUUUCCGAGAUUGAAACUGUAAACACCUCUUUUUUUUAAUUGUUAUAUAUUGAUUGAUUACUAGAAGUAAUGCUACUAGUUAAAGACACUCAACAGGAAAUGA